CCCUUGCUUUAGAAGGAAAGAGUUGUGAAGUAAAAACUUCCUGUGAGAAUGUGGUGUGCAGAGACUGCAUAAAACCAUGUGUGCCGAAGUCAUUGAUUCCAGUAUUCUUUGAGAUGGACCACACAGCUUUCCUUAUUGUUGUUCUUCAGCUCUGUGGAACCCAUGCAGAAAGAAGGUUUGUGGAUUCAACUGUAAAACUUUCUGAGAAGAUGAAACUGGAAUGCAUAUAUCCAAAAAAAGCUGUGAUAAUCCAGACAUCCUGGAUGAAACAUAAUGUAACUUAUAAAGAAAAUAUAGCUGUCUUGCAUGCAAACUAUGGCAUACAUAUUGAAGACAAAUACAAAGGAAGAAUAUAUUUUGAAAAUGCUUCCAGGGAAGACAAGUCCUUAUCUUUCAUCAAGAGCACUUUGGAAGAUGUUGGUCUUUAUUUUUGCUCCAUUGCAUCUUACCCAGAUGGAACUUGGGAAAAGGUAAUAGAAAUUAUUCAGCCAGCUGAUUCUUUUGAAAUAUCUGAGAAACAAAAUAAUCCCGUGUUUACCAAGCCAGGAGGAAAUGUCACUUUUAUUUGCCCUUAUAACAGAAGAGAUUCAGUUCAGCAAGUGAUGUGGGAAAGGAUUAAAGCAGAUUGCAUAGAUACCAUUGUCCAGUGUAAUUCAUUAGGAGGGCAACGCUUUGGUGCAGAUUUUAAAAAGCGUGCACUGGUGGAUUGCUCUGAUCAAGCAAGCUCCAUGAUUGUCAUUAAAAAUGUUUCAGCCUCUGACUUUGCAACAUACCGCUGCAUGGCUACUGGAAGAAACAAAACCUAUGUGAUGAAUUUCACCAUGCUUGCAACUUGGGAUCACAAAUGGUUUAUUAUCUACAUAGCUGGAGGAAUAUCUGCUGCUGUUUUACUGUUAGUUUUCCUACUGAUUUUCUGCAUCACCACUGCUUAUGACAAAAAAAAGAAGAGAAAGAGAAUAACAGAGGCCUUAUUAAACCCUUUGUACUCUACUCAGACCAAGAGCGUUAAUGGUUAUGAAAAAUAUAAUUUUCAUACCCCAUGGAACAUAGGAAGAAGAGGCGAAGAAUCAUCACCCAAGCAGACAGAGGAGAUUUACAUCAACUGCAUAAACCUGAGGAAAGACCAUUAGCUUACUUCUUACAGCUGAAAUAACCAAAUUCAGGCAACAAAUUUGCAUGUUGGAUUUGCUUUGCUUUGCACUGGUGGGCUGCAGAAAAUUCAAGUCACCAUAGUAAGCACUGCCCAGGCUGCCCUGGCUGGACAGCAUUGGUCCCUGAGCCAGCCUGGAUGCAUCUGUAUUACAUGACAGUCUGCAGCAUCAAUGUAUCUUUUGAUUCAUAAGUUCAAGUGAAGAUUUUUUGUAUUUCUAAAAUUUAUUUAUUUAUUUUUUACCCAGUAAGUGUACUUAUAAUAAUUUUAGAACAACUCUAACAUACAGAACAGAGGUGAAUAUGUUUCCAUAACAUUAAUUUGGUCUGAGAAAUAAAUGUCUGAAAAAUCUAUGUGAAAAGGUGAAAAUGAAAAUAUACUCUAUCUUCUCUGUAUCCAUGACUUUCAAAUAUCAAAUUGAGAGCUUUAUGGAAUAAUAAAUAUCCAUUAUUUUCUGCAAAGGAUGUGUUAUCAUGCUGCUGGGCAAACAGUACUAUUCAGCUGGCAAAAGCAAAUAUAUCAGGGAUCCUUGAACCUAGAUUUAAAAGUACGAACAGAAGCUUUCUAUCUGACAGCUGUGUGGUUUUACAGGCUUCUUGCACGUAGCACAAUUAUUUCAGCACUCACUGUUUGGGGAUGGAAUAGAAAUAUAGCCCCUAGUCCACACGCACACACACACCUUUUUUUUUUCUUUUCUCUCUCUAAUGCCCAGAAGAAAGCAAAACAUGAAGACUCUGUCACUGUCAAGUUAUAUUUAAUAAUAAUUUAUUAUAAGCUUUAGUUGCACAAAAAAUAAAUGAUAUUAUGUAAGAUACAUGAAUAAAUGAUGCAAAGCAGAAAAGGCGUGAUUGGGAACAUUUACAAAACAAUACAUGUGUGGUUUUAUAUGUGCAUAUGUAUAUAUUCUGCUGAAACCUACAGAAUAAACCACACAGAAACUGAACAGACAAACAAAGAAACAAAAAAUCCUCAAACAAACAGCACUAGAAGGCAGACCUGAGAAUUAAGAUCUAUGCAUCUUAUGGCCUUUUACAAAUCUGCUGCAUUACUGAGGAUGGAAUCCCAGUAGAUGAAAGUGCUACCAUGACGGCUGAUAAUCAGAUGUGUCUGUGUUCUACAAACUGUAUGCCUCCUGGCCCACCUAUGUCUGAUCCCCCUUUUCUCUUGUAGCAUUAGUAAAAGUGACUUAUUUGUUAUUUUAUUAUUAUUAUUAUUAUUAUUAUUUAGAAAGGGGUUGGGGGAAGGCAUUAUUAGUCUGCUACAAACCAGUUCUACUUGGUUGGCUAAGAAGGAGCAUCAACAGCCUGACAGUGAAAAGCACAUUUGUGUAGCUCUCUGCAAAUUGAAAGCUUUCCUCACGCACAAAGGAAAAUACAAGUCUAGGUUCUUUGGACAAUAAUGAGGACACAAGGCUUGUCUGAACUAUUUGAGUGACAAUAGUGUUGUACAGUUAUCCUAUGCUUCAGCUAAAACUCUAAAAAAUUAAACCAAAGAGUCCUUCGACCUGGCAUUGAAGAUUUAAAUUCUUUUACAAUGUCAUUACAAUAUCAUUAGAAAACAUGUCAUUUUGGUUUUGUGUACUCCUGAACAAGAACACAUACACAUUACAAGGUAUAUAUUUUUGCUUUCACUUAUUGAAGGUUUUCAGAUAUAUAAAUGCUUGCAUGUGAAGUUGAUGAGGACACAUAGAACUGUACUAUUAAUAAGCUGAUUUAUUUCCUGAGUUAUCAUAUGUCAUAUCAGAUAAUUCUAAGUUGUGCACAGCAUUACAAGAAAAACCCUGUAACAUUGGGUUGUUUAUUUGAUGAUUCCAUUUAUAUUAAAAUGCCAAAAUGAUGAUGUAAUGAAUUUGAUUACAUUGAAGAUCUCAGUUGGAAUCCUAAUACAGAAAUAUACAUAAGCCAAGAAGUUGGCAUUGUUUCACUGCUUGUAGAGACAUUCAAAAUACAUCCCUACUUUACUGAGGGUAAAAAGAGGGGAGAGGUGGAGGUUAAGUAUCUAUAAUACCAGAUUGCUUUGAUUAUUUCUGUUACUGUCCUUAUUUCUUGCCUCCCCUGUUGCUUUUAGCUUGUCUGCAUGCAUUUUUUAAAAAAUAAUUAUUUUUGAGAUUUGAGAAAGAAAAAAAAAUAUCUACUUCACAUCUUUGCAGGUAUUUAAUCUGGUUUAAUUCAAAUUCCAUAGACAUAUUACUUGUACCAAGAUAGUCCACAGGGAAAAUCACAUCACACAUAGCAUAAUAACAAUAUAUUAUUUUUCUUUCAAAAAACAAACCCAAAACAACAGCUUCAUUUUUGUACCAUUGUAAUAUCAGUGAACAGCAGCUGAACAUGAGACUGAUAAAAACGAAAACCAAAAAGAAAGAAAUCAACUAAACCUCAUCAGUUUAGUAAAGUAUGCACACACACACACAAAAGAAAAUAUCCAAAAGUGUCAUUUGAAAUGUGAUAUUAAAACUCUUUAUAUGUUUUAUGAGUCUGACAGAAUGGGACCUAGAAAAAGAAUGUUUGCUGUGACACAGUUUAGAUUAUGUAAAUUGGCUUUCCAGUGUAAAAUAAUAAAAACUAUUGUUUAUUUGUGUUUCUUUUCAGGAUUUUCCAUAGAUUUCCCAUUUUCUUUGGGAAAAUUUUAGUUCUUUUUGUGUAAACUUAAUCAACUAUAAUUUGGAAAUAUUAUUUUAAACGGUUACUGUGGUAUUUCAUUCUGUAUUGCCUGCUCAAUAAGUUAAAAGGGAAAAAAAAUCAAGGAAAUAACAUGACACAAAUAUGGACAGCAACAAGGUCAGAAUACUAUUUGAACUGUAAGAUAGUUUUGUCUUUUUUGUUGUUUUAAAGCCUUAGAAACUUUCCUCAAAGGCAACAAACAUAAUAAAGUAUGUUUUCAUUAAACAACUGAGUCUUGAAUCACUGGAUAACUACUUUCUGUGUAACAGGGAAAUGAACCUAUGAAAUUUUAAGAAAAGGAAAACAAGUCUUCUCCUCCCUAAUAAUAAAAAUGUAUGUUUUGUGUUCAUGUUUUAUGCUGUGUGAAAAAAGUAGCUAUUUAAGCCCCAUGUUAAAAUUUCAUUUUCAGUACUUUUAGUACCGUUUUGAUUAAUAGUAAUAGUAAGUCUUAAAAGAGCUUAAACUUGUAUCAGAGAAAAAAAAUUUGAAAUCUGUCUUUGCUGGGACUUCCGAAUGUGGGAGACAUAGUCACCAGAAUCUGGAUCACAAGGGAGAACACCAAACCCACUGUCUAUGAAAGAAGGUCAAAGUUAGAACAGCAACAUACUGCAAACUGCCUCCUGUUACUAUACCUUUCUUUUGUCUCAAAUAUGUCCCUAUAACUUAAAGAGUGUCUCUGACUCUGUAAUAUGUUCAUGAUACUGCCUAGUCUGCUUAUCUUUUCAUCUUCCUUGAAUGUGCAUCUUAGGGUAAAACAGUGUUCCUGGGAGGAAACAGUCUGCUUCAAGGACUGGACCCACCAAGGAAUAGAAGAACCUGGACUUUUCCAAACUCCCACUUUAGGCAGGGUGGUCCAACACUUAACUCUUUCUGAUGCAACCUGUCCAAAAUUCCCAGGUAUUUUCCCAGGGAAUUUUACAUUUUCUAUUUUCUAUCAGGCACCUAAAGUUUUAUAAUCACCCUCAGAAAUAACUAGUUUUAAUUAUGAUGCACAACCAAACCAUCCACCUGCUAUUCAGGUCUUAUUUUGAUCAUAAGUAGAUGGUAGCUUACUCUUGAAAAAUUCAAAUAAGAAACCUGACAAAAACAAACAAACAAAACAAAACAAACAAACAAAGAAACAGAGGACUGAUCUCAGUAUCAGAUUUUUUUUUUUUUUCCCCUGGGUGUUGUAACCAUCUGGGACUCAAGGAUGUUCCUCUAAACCUUCUGUGAUAUUGAGCAAUGUAAAAGUUCAAAUCCAUGGUAUUUAUUUACACCUGCUGACACUGACUCAGAGAAUAUUCCCCAGCAUAAGCAGAAGACUUAUUUCCUUUAAAGCCUAAAUGUUCCGUAGAAGUUAAUCCCCUAAACAGAUCUGUAAGUCUGACAUUAGGGGUUAGUUCCAAAAAAAUUCUAAAAAAAUUCUUUUAAACUGUAGACCUCAGGAGUAGAAACUAUACAUCAAGUUCUCAGACUGCAUUAUUUAAGGUGGAAGUAAGACAACUCAAAAGACAUUUCAAAUAUUCACACAUUCCUGUGGAACUGUCUUGGGCUAGAUGCAUCUCCAUUGGUAUGCCAUGUUGGGAUGUGACAUCCUAGUGCAUGUGGGGUCAGGGUGGCCACUCUCCCUUUGACAUGCAAUAUGAAGGAUCCCAGCCUGAGGCUAGAGAGUCACAGUGGUGUUCAAAACAUUAAGCUGGACUAGGCUUUUCAUUGGCAUAUGAAAUUCUGUUUCUUCUACCACAGUUGUUUCAUACUGUUUCCUACCUACCAAAUCAGCCAGGAAAUGGAAGACCCCGGCUCACUUCCUGCAGACAACUUCAGACACACCCAAUUUUCCCCAUGCCCUUUCCACCUUUCCCCUUGCAGCUGGGCUCCUUCCUGUACAGAAACAGCUCAAGUUUUGAGGGCUAAGAAGAGCUAGCAGUGGGUCUGCAGGGCUUAGUAGGGCACUCCUCCAAGCAAGAGUAUCCUCCUUUCUGCUUUGUCCUGUAACACCUUGUUUUACUCUUUUCUAAUCCCUGUUUACAGUCAAACGCAUAAAGAGUGAUGAGAACCAGGAGAGCAUCUGGGUGACCAUAGGACAAAUAUAUAAUAAGUUUCUAAUAACUUAAUGGUCAAGCUAGAAAAUACAAAGGAAAUAACAAAAGUUAUUCAAGGCAACUUUCUAGAGAAUGUUAUUUACUACCUCCAUGUUACCCACAUUGUUAGCAAGUAGAAUUAGAUAAAAUAACUAAUAUAAAUUACUAGUAUUAGCUGACAUAUUUCUUCUUACCUUAUGCUUUCUCAAAAAGAUAACUUUCUAGUUUUAGAAAAAAAGUGUCUCAGUGAUUCUGAAGGAAAUUUAACACCUUUCUUAACAGUUUAUUCAAUUAGACUGUUAAAGUAAAUAAAUCAUUUGUAGUAUUAAGCAGUAUGUUUUAUAACAUGAUUUAAAUGAUCAAUAGCUUAUCACACUAAGAUAUAGACAAAAAAUGCACAGCAACUUUUCCUUUUUUCUUUUGCAAUAUCUUUUUCCAUUUGUGUUGAUGUCUAUCUGUGUAUUUGAAGAGGGAAAAUACAUGUUUUGAUUACACAUGUUAUUACAAAUACUCUCGAUUAACAUCACAUAUUUAUCAGAAAUAAAACUGUCUGAAGCAGACAUUUAUUAACUAAUUUUAAAUUUCCAUAAUUUACACAAAAAUUGUAGUAAGGGAGGAUCUUUCUCACGCAGCUUUGUCAGCUCACUUCAUAAUUGGAAGCGUAAAUGUAAGCACCCAUGUAUGUAUUUUUAUUCAUCUUAAAUGCAACUGCUCCUCUUAUUAUCCAGAAUUUGAUCAGCUCUGAAAUACUCUAAAUUAUAUAUUUAGCAAUAUUUGGAUGCAGAAAGUUUCACAAAAUUGUGUGAUAACAAUUAUGAUGCAUUAUAUAUGAUACUAUUUUUCAAGGAUUAUAUUGCAUUAUAAUUGCAUUUUGAGGAUUAUAAUGCACUUUGGUUGGGCUGGUACUUGGUUCUUCCAGACAUGUUAGGGAGAAUGGGCCCAGCACUCCUGAACCCUCAGCUUAGAGCUGUGAGUUGCAUUAAACACAAAAUAUUGUUGCCAGCUCCUGAUAAAAUCAGAAUUUGAAUGCUCUGGGAAGCUAUUCUGCACUCAACAUGAACCACUGCUAUGUACUAAAAUGUCUUCUAAAUUUUCCUAGUAUUUUUAAAGAUUACAGAUUUUUUCUUUAAAUUAUUUUUGUUGUUUUCUUAUGCUAUUCUUUUUCUUUUCAUUAGGUUUCAAAAACUUUCCUCUCUAUAAUGGUGUUUUUCAAAGAAGGAAAAAAAAGGCCUGAAAACAGUGAAAAAAAGGUGAGCAUAUGUCAUACUUUGUUAGGAAGUCAUAAUAUAUUUAUUCUGAAUUGUCUGUUCUUCCCUGUAACUAUCUUAAAUCAGUAAAACUUACAGCAGUUCUAGAACAUAAAUAUUUCCUAUCACAGCCUGUCAUCUAAGAAAAGUCAGGAAAUGCAAUAAUUAACAUCAACAAGGACAGCUUUAUUUUAUAUCAUUUAUUCUGUUUUAGCUGUAGGAGCUAUGAUGAGAAUAAAUAUUUAACUGCAACCUUUAGUUUUGUUAUUGGUAUCAAAUUACCAAGACAGCUGACUAAUUUUUUGCUAUUUUCUGUGUCUUGCUAUCAUACAGUGAAAAAAAGAUUGAAAACCAUGUGUAGCCUACAUUAAAAAUGAGGUUUAACUUCACUCAUGCCAAACACUGUUACAGAAAAAAAAAAAAAGUCUACUGUAAAAUGUAUCCAUUCUCUUGACAAUCCCAGGACUGUAAGAAGAGCAUGAGGUAAAUCUAUUUAACCUCAUUAGGAUUUUUGUACUCAAGGGAAAAAAAAAUCUUAACCAUUCUAUGGGACUUAUGGGACUCUGAGUAUGAGAUUUAAAAGGAUUAACUCCAUCUUAAAGAGAUGUGUAUUAGAUUUUGAGCUUUUAUUUAGUUAAAACAGAAUUUUUCUCUCCAUUAUAACUUGCAACAUUCUUAACAAUAUUGACAUUUUCAAACACUUUAAUUGUAAUUAAUCAUACUUAAACCUCAGUCACUUUCAUAUCUUUUUUAAUCUUUUACAUAAAAAUCUGUUAAGUUGCAUAUGCAUGCAAAGAUGCUAGAUGCAUCUUUGUAAAGUGGAACUUCCAUUUACUUCAGUAGAACCCGUUCACCUCUGGAUUCUAAUAUUUAGGUUUCUAAGCACAGUGCCAUUUAAGUAGUUGCUGAAUACACAGCAGGUUCACCUGUCACCUUUUACUGUCCUGUAAGGGUCUGGAAAUAGAGACAGACUUCUUGUUACAACAGGUUAGUCAAUAUUCUUUGACUUUUAUUUUACCAUAUGCCUAUACGUGUUUCCGGUAUAACACACCUUUUUAUCCAAAAUCAAAAUUGAAGAGCAUUUAUUUAGAAUAUCAAGAACAAACACAACACCCUUUAUGGAGUUCAAGACUUGAAUUAAUUCAAGAAUUAAUAUAUCAAACCUUAUACCCUCUAAUUUUAAAGUUUUGUCACUACAGUGGUGUGCACAGUCAUUAACUUCUGCUAACAAUACAUAGACCUGACCAGCUGUCAGCGUUGAAAAAUAAAAGAUUCUAAUAUACACAGAUUGUGUAACAAGUUGAUUUGGAAAGAGUCAGAAAUAUUUGGAUGAUGUAUGGAAAAAUUAAAUUUCCAGUGCUGUUGGAUCUGUUCCUAUAAUCAAGUCCCUUUUCACACUUUCUCCACCGUCCAUGCUACUCUGUAUGUGGAUAAAAGCCACAUUUAUUUCUUUGCAGUAGGUAUAAAAAGGAUGCACUGAUACUGAACACUAAAAACCACCACCACCACCAACAAAAAGCAACAAAAAACAAACCAACACCCACCCCAAACAACAGAUUAAUUGGAACACUUUCCUCCUUUCUUUUUAGAAAUAAAUAACAUUGCAUUUCAUGCUAGAAAGCACAGACAUUCAAGAGACUUACAUUCUGUCGUGGAAAACCAUCCUGCAGCUUCUAGGUUAACAACUGAAAACUAGUAAAUGUGGCUGGUGAGCUAAGUCUGAGUAGAGGUUUAUUUGCUACAGGCUGCUGAUCUUUGUCAGUUCCUAGAAAUCAAAUAGAUCAAAAAUCACUACUCUUCAUGGUAUUGCCUAUUACACUAGAGAUCGAGCUGAACAAGCAUGAAGUUCAUGCCUUUUCUGAUAAAUGCAACACAGAGGUCUGAUUAGUGCUCUUUUUUUUUCUGUUUGCCAUGAACAGGUGAGGAUUUUCACAGUCUGCCUGCACUAAGCAACACCUAAAUAAGUGUGUACCUGCAGGCUGUAUGCCAGCUAUACAUUAUUGCAGGCUGUAUGCCUGCUAUAAAAUAUUGCUAUAAAGUGCAUUUCAAAAGAUUUUUGACCUCAGAUAUUUAAUUUUAACUCCUCCUCCAGCACAGUCUUAUUAGUUUAGAACAAGAUUUGAUUAGAAAUGUGUUUGCUACUCCCCAACAGGAUUUCUAUUCACUUGUGAAAUGAAGUAUUUUCCAAAAAUACUUUUGACAUUCCCAAAACAGACUUUAGACAAAACAAAAGUGAGCAGCUACUGCUGCUGUCUAGCAAACUUCUUUGGUUUGUCAAUACAUUUCUAAGCUUUACUUGCUACCUUUAGGGGAAAAAAAAAAAGGCAAAAAAAAGAAUUUUGCAUGGACCAAAUACAUGUGAGCAGCUGGAAUCAAAGCCUACCACAGAAAGUAGAGCCUGAACAUUUAUUCAGUAAGGCAGCAAACUCCAUGCUAUAAGAUAUUCCUCUUACUUUUUCCUUUACAUAAGCAAGAAAAUUUGUUCCAAAGGAGCAUACUCACAGAUGAUUCAAACUAGUAAUAAUAAAAUGUAGCCAUUUAAAAAAUGGGAUAACUCAAGUACCUUAGCACCAUAUUAUGAUUUAUUACUAGUCUCCUUCAAUUUCUCCUUUUCUGCACCGAGUGAUUUCAGAAUCGAAAGUACCAUCAUGCAUCAAUCUAUAAUAGUUAAGAGUUAUUAGUAACCAUAUCAGCAAUGGUGUGUGUUAUUUUUUUAUAGGAAUGAAUGUAUUUUUAUCAAGGGUUGUUUUUUUAAAAAAAAUUAGAUCAUAUUACAGCUAUAUAUUCAUCACACUUCCUCAGAACUGAAAUUAAAACAAUAGCCUUACAUCAAUUUUACAAUUUUAUGAUGUAUUAAUGCUAAGUUCCCUUUUUACCAGUUGCACCUGGUUACCACUGAAGACAUUUUGUUGCCCUCCUGCUCUUCCCAGCUCAUUGGCUGAAAUCAGAGAGCUCUUCUUGGGUCAGGAGUAAACAUAUUACCUGUGUGCCUUGCACAUGAAGGUAGCCGAGACUUGAACAGGGACCAGCGGGACCCUUGGGCCUAUUGAAAGCCCCUUCUAGUCUCUAGGCAGGCAGCUCUACCACGUUCGCCAAAAGAGAGUUUUAUGUCUGGCAGAACCACUAGGAGCUGUACAAAGUUGUCUCAGUGGGGAAUUAUUUAGGUUAUUGAGAGGCAUACACCAGGAAUCAAAGCAACUCCAUGAAAACAAUUUUCUGGCAAACUGUUUGCCUAGUGCCUGCAUGGUUCUCAUGGAGCUUUUCUGAAGAACAUUUUUGGAAGCUACACAAAUGCACAAAUUUUACAACCAUAUUAUCUUCUGUUCUGGAGUGGCACAAAUGGCAAACUCCACUGGACACGCAGUACCUUUGUGCUUCUGGUGCCCAGUUUUCUUUGACAGUGUUGCAGUACACUGUGAAGAUGUAUCCUUAUCUUCAACUUCCAGUGUGCUUGUAUUUACUGUCUGCAAGACAUAAGUUCCCAAUAGCUCACUUUUGCUGAUAGCAUUCUUGAGCUUUGCCCUGGAGUUCAUUUUCUGUUGCUACAAGAUAGAAUUUCACAAGUAUUUAUAAAUGUAUGAAUUGAGAAGAUAGUUGCAUUAAAUAAUAAAAGCAAAAUAUUUAGUAAAAUUCUAAAUGGCCAAUCCGUUUAAAUUUUUUUUUUUUAAUAGCAUUUGUAUUUUCAUUAACUAGACAAUAUUUAGGCACUACAGAAGAAGACGAAACCUUCUUUGACAGACAGUGGCCUUUCCCCAGAUAAUGGAAAGAGUGCACUAUAUAGAUCUUAUGUUUUCUAUCUAAACCCAGCCAAAGCACUCACUUUAGGAUUUAGAUUCUGAAAAGGUUCUCAAACUAUAUGGACACUGUGUCCUCAGAGCAGUUCUGAUAAUUCUCCUAUUUUGCCUUUUGCCUGUUUUGGGGCUAUGAAGAAUAUAAAAGUAUUAAAUGACUAGUAUUCAAGUCACAGAGGGAAACAGUUAAAUGGACAUGCAAUAGAAAACUGCAGAACAUAAUGGAAACUUAAUCUAAGGAAUUUUAAGGAGAAAAAGUAUUUUUAAGGCAAGUGAAAGAAUCUCAGUUGCAUAGAAACAAAAAUAAUGGGUAAGUUCUUCAAAAAAAGCUCUUUGGAAAAGGUCCCUUGAUUAACA